AUGGCCAGCGUACAGCCACAGCGUGCAACCGAGGAAGAGGAGAAGCUCAAAUACCCAUCAGCAGGGGCACCGCCUCAACCCUGUCGGCUUAUUCUUCCGUACGAAGCAAAGGAGAUAGUCACUCCGCGCAUGGUGUUGGUUCCCAUGACAUACGACCAUGCUGCACCGUUGGUCGCACUGAACGCAAAGCUGCUUGAUGCCUGGAAAAACAUUCCUGCCUUGCAUCCUAUGCUGAAGUAUCUCGUACACGGUAUUCCUGAUGUGUCAGCUCAAAAAGGAUGGAUGGACUCUAAGAGACUCCAAAUCCCAGACUCAGGAGAACUCUUCUUCUACUUUGCUAUAACACUGCGAGAAGAAACGGAAGAGGGCGCAAUCAAGCCAGGCAGGAUCAUUGGAGGCAUCGGGAUGAACCAGGUGCUGCCCGUCCCGAACCUGGGGUACUCUAUCGACGCCGACCUCUGGGGCAAAGGGUACGGCACGGAAGCCCUGAAGGCGUUUCUGGAGGUCUGGUGGGCGAUACCUCGACGGCCGGCGUGUGAAGGUGAAGAGAAGCCCGAAAAGGUGUAUGCGAAUGUGAACAAGGCAAACAUUCCCAGUAUUCGGCUGUUGGAGAAGUGCGGGUUCAAUAUCUACAGCGAGAGGCUGAUGGCGGAUGAUUCGGUGAUUUGUUUCUUGGAGAAAGCGAGAAGCUGA